CGCUCGGCCCCGCGUCCUUUCCCCGCUCCCUCCUCCCUUCCCCAGGGCGAUCCCGGGGCGGCGGCGGCCCGACGAGCCCGAGACCGAGACCGAGACGUGCGGGCGGGGAGAGAGAGAAAGAGAGUGAGUGAGGCAGGGAAGGAAGUCUGGGCGCCCUAUGGUCCUCCGAGUGUAGCGCCCCCUGGCGGCGGGAGGCCGCGGUGCAAGGAUACAAGGAUGGUGUUAAAAGGGAAAGAGAGUACAGGGAAAGUUAAUAUAAAACACCAGAAUUAACGGGGCAGAAAGCUGAGGAAGGGAUAGGAGAGUAAGGCCAAGUGAAAUAGGAAUCAAUGUGAAAGGUGAGAGGAGUAAUUUAGGGAGUUAGGAGGAGAGUUAAGGACCGCGAAGGUAACAAUCUCAGGAUUACUACCUGUGCCACGCGACAGUGAGAGUAGGAAUGGAGCGAGGUGGAGGAUAAAUGCGUGGCUGAAGGACUGGUGCAGAGGGCAGGGAUUCAAGGGACCUCUUUUGGGGAAGGUGUGGCCUGUACAAAAAGGCUGUUUGCACUUGAACCCGAGGGGGACCAAUAUCCUGGCAGAGAGAUUUGCAAAGGCUACUGGGAAUACUUUAAACUAGAACGGUUGGGGGGGAGGGACUCAAAUGGAGAAAGCUAGUAGACAGUAUGUGAGGCAGGAGGCAGAGAAGGGAAGCACUCAGACCCAACAUGUAGGGAAGAAAAAAGAAAAAUAUAAUAAACUGACAAUAAGGGGUAAGAGUCUAGUAAAAACAAGCCUGAAGGCUUUAUGUCUCAAUGCAAGGAGCAUUCGUAAUAAGGUGGAUGAGUUGAAUGUGCAGAUAGUUAUUAAUGAAUAUGAUAUAGUUGGGAUCACGGAGACAUGGCUCCAGGGUGACCAAGGUUGAGAGCUGAACAUCCAGGGAUAUUCAAUAUUCAGGAGGGAUAGACAGAAAGGAAAAGGAGGUGGGGUAGCGUUGCUGGUUAGAGUUCAAGUGAGUUUAUUGUCAUGUGUCCCUGUAUAGGACAAUGAAAUUCUUGCUUUGCUUAAGCAUACAGAAAAUAGAAGGCAUUUACUACAAAACAGAUAAAUGUGUCCAUAUACCAUGAUAUAAAUAUAUACACUCAUGAAUAAAUAAACUGGUAAGGUGCAAAUAACAGAAAGUGGUUAUUAAUAAUCAGAGUUUUGUCCGAGCCAGGUUUAAUAGCCUGAUGGCUGUGGGGAAGUAGCUAUUCCUGAACCUGGUUGUUGCAGUCUUCAGGCUCCUGUACCUUCUUCCUGAAGGUAGCAGGGAGAUGAGUGUGUUGCCAGGAUGGUGUGGGUCUUUGAUGAUACUGCCAGCCUUUUUGAGGCAGUGACUGCGAUAAAUCCCCUCGAUGGAAGGAAGGUCAGAGCCGAUGAUGGACUGGGCAGUGUUUACUACUUUUUGUAGUCUUUUCCUCUCCAAGGCGCUCAAAUUGCCGAACCAAGCCACGAUGCAACCGCGUUUAGGAGCCGUUGCUGUGGACGGAGAGACGGGGACGUGAGUGGCCAUUGAGGGUGGCCAGGGUGCCGGUGAGCCCACCCCCCCCCCCCCCCCCAUCUGCUCGGUGUGCGGGCUGAGCUUCGAGGGGCAGAGCUUUGAUGGAGGACCACAUGACGGGCCUCAAGAAGCGUUAUGAUUGUGACUUGUGUGGCAAGGCCUGUCCUAGCCCGAGCCAGCUAGAAGUCCACCGGCGGGUUCACACGGGAGAACGCCCCUUCGAAUGCUUCGACUGCAGCAAGCGCUUCAAGUCGACGAAGGAACUGAUGGACCACCGACUGUUGCACACGGGAGAGCGGCCCUUCGACUGCUUGGAGUGCGGGAAGAGCUUCAAAACGGCGCAUGUCCUGAAGGCCCACCGGCGUUUGCACACGGGUGAGAAGCCCUAUGGCUGCUCCACCUGCAGCAAGAGCUUUGCCCAGUUGCCGGGGCUGCUGCAGCACGGGCGGGUGCACAGCGAAGAGCGGCCCUUCACCUGCUCCGAGUGCGGAAAAUGCUUCAAGUCGUCCAUGGGCCUGAAGGUGCACAGGUUCGUGCACACCGGGGAGCGGCCUUUCCCCUGCAGCGACUGCGGCAAGGGCUUCACCCGCUCCAACGACCUGCUGGAGCACCAGCGCACCCACACCGGCGAGCGCCCCUACACCUGCGCCCAGUGCGGCAAGAGCUUCACCCAGUCCCAUCACCUGCGGUCCCAUCAGCGCACCCACACCGACAAGAGGCCGUUUUGCUGCUCUGACUGCAGCAAGGGCUUUGCCUGUUUGUCGGAGCUACUGGAUCACCGGCAGGUGCACAGCAGUGAGCGGCCCUUCACCUGCAGCGACUGCAGCAAAGGCUUCAAGACAUCCAAGGACCUGGAAAUACACAGACGCCUGCACACCGGGGAACGGCCCUACACUUGCGCCCAGUGUGGCAAGAGCUUCACCCGUCCCACCAGCCUGCUGUCCCACCAGCUCACCCACACCGGGGAGCGGCCCUUCAUCUGCGCCCAGUGCGGCAAGGGCUUCACCCAAUCCGCCAAGCUGCGGUCCCACCAGCAGAUGCAUGCCGGCGACCGUCCUGUCCCCAGUCCGGUGUGUGGAGAGCACUUUGCCACGGCCUCCCACGCCCUGUCUCACCAACGCGUGCACACCAGUGGCCAGCCUUACGACUGCCCGUACUGCGGGGAGGCGUUCGACAGCUUGCGGGAGUUGCGGCAGCACAGGCGGACCCAUGCUGGUGAUCGGCUGCUCCCACUGCGGGAAGCAUUUCAAGAGCGCACGGAGGCUGUGGGGGAACCAGCGGAUACACACCGGAGAGAGACCCUUAGUGUGUGCUGAGUGUGACAAGGCUGUGGCAGCACCGGUGUACCCACAGCGGCAAGAGUCAAUGGACAAUAGACUAUAGGUGCAGGAGUAGGCCAUUUGGCCCUUUGAGCCAGCACAGCCAUUCAAUGUGAUCAUGGCUGAUCAUCCCCAAUCAGUACCCCGUUCCUGCUUUCUCCCCAUAUCCCCUGACUCCACUAUCUUUAAGAGCCCUAUCCAGCGCUCUCUUGAAAGCAUCCAGAGAACCAGCCUCCACCGCCCUCUGAGGCAGAGAAUUCCACAGACUCAACACUCUCUGUGAGGAAAAAGUGUUUCCUCGUCUCUGUCUAAAUGGCUUACUCCUUAUUCUUAAACUGUGACCCCUGGUUCUAUGACUCCCCCAACAUCGGGAACAUGUUUCCUGCUUCUAGCGUGUCCAAACCCUUAACAAUCUUAUGUUUCAAUGAGAUGCCCUAUCAUCCUUCUAAAUUCCAGAGUGUACAAUCCCAGCUGCUCCAUUCUCUCAGCAUAUGACAGUCCCGCCACCCUGGGAUUUAACCUUGUAAACCCACGCUGCACUCACUCAAUAGCAAGAAUGUCCUUCCUCAAAUUAGGGGACCAAAACUGCACACAAUACUCCAGGUGUGGUCUCACUAGGGCUCUGUACAACUGCAGAAGGACCUCUUUGCUCCUAUACUCGACUACUCUUAUUAUAAAGGCCAACAUGCCAUUCGCUUUGUGCACUGCCUGCUAAACAGGACAAGCUGCUGCGCCCACCUACCCCCUGGAGUGUGUGGGGAAGCUACCUACUGGCCUGCACCGCCAUUCGAUAUGAUCAUGGCAGAUCAUCCAACUCAGUAUCCUGUACCUGCCUUCUCUCCAUACCCCCUGAUCCCUUUAGCCACAAGGGCCACAUCUAACUCCCUCUUAAAUAUAGAAUUGCACACACCUCCCUUUAAACAAGAUUGGAAUCAAACAUGACAAGCACAGCAGAUAUACCCCGACUACAGAUAGUAAGAGAUCCGCACAGGCCAGUUAAUACUACCUGUUUUUGCCACAACCAAGGCACUGGUGUAUUUUUGGGAGACAUUACGUGUGUGACAGGGUGUUGGUGUGCUGCAUAAGUGGUGCCACACAUGAGAAGCAUGAACCAGUUACACCAGUGCACGGGGAGUUCCAAGCGAAGCCUAAACGAAGGCUGAGCAAUUUUUUAUGAUCCUCUUCCCGUCCUAUGGUAGUAUAAUAAUGUCACGGGAACUAAUUAAAAUGGCCUCCACUAUAGAGACAUUUGCUAAUGCCAUUGCUGUCUCCUUGAGUGCAACACAGGAGGAGGUAUAAGGGGUAACAGCUGAGAUGGUAGCUAUGAGAACUGUAGUAUUACAAAACAGAAUGGCCUUAGAUUUUAUCAUAGCAGAAAAAGGGAUGCGCAAUAAUUGGUCGGGUAUGUUGUACUCUUAUUCCCGAUGCUUCCUCCAACAUUACCAACUUGGCUGCCCAUAUCAGAAUGGAAGUGGCUAAAAUAAGGAAGGUAGGAGCUGAAUUCCAUGAUUAUAGCUCCAGGGGAGGUUGGUGGCCAUGUAAUAUGUUUGGAAGAACUUGAGGAAUUAUUGUCCACUAUGCAUUGAUUGUAUUACUAAUUGUACUAUUAAUUUGUCUGUUGUAAUGCUUAUGGUCUUUCUUAUGUACUCGGCAAGGACUGUAAUUGUUAUCAAAAUUGAUUAAAAAAAGGAGGGAAUGAUAAGGCUGAAUAAUGUUAAAAAUAUAAGAAUAUAUUAAAUGGAUUCCUGGGCCAGCUUACAAUUUAUAUUUACUCAAAGCAGGCUUUACUCAAGAUUCAAGAUAAUUUAUUGGCAUGUGUCCCAGAUAGGACAAUGAAAUUCUUGCUUUGCUACUCCAGUAGAUUGAUACAGAAAGGCAAGUCCAGACAUGACUCAGAUUGCUGUGUAUUGAGACAAUGACCGAUGACUCUGAAAUGCGACUACCAAUUGAUGAGAGAGGAAACCCAGAUUAAUCCCAGUAAGGGGUAUUGAGACAAUGUCCGAUGCCUUUGACAUGUAAGUGCCUUGUACCAAUGUCCGAUGCCUUUGAUAUGCAACUGCCUUGUACCACAUGACAAGAUGCCUUUGAUGCGACUGAUGAUUGACAAGAGACAAACUCAGACGCAUCCUGUUGUAAUGUGUAUUCACUGUACUUCUGACGAUGACUAAUGUCUUUUUAAUGUGCUUAGGUGACAAAUGAACAGUAAAAUACCAUGUAAUUCUGUGUUCAGGGAAGUGGACAGCAGACAGCCAAGUGUCUGUGUUGCUCACUUGGCUGGGGUUAUCCUUGCUACUUCCAUCGGCCGAAAAUUAGUAAAGUUUUGAAUUGGAUAACAAA